AUGUCCACCAGGAAAUCUUCUAGAGUCAAGAAAUUACCUGACAGGUAUACUCCCCCAAGUAAUGACUUAAAUACUGAAAGGAAUUUAGACACUACCAAAAAUAAUGAAAACCACGAAGACAAUAAGACAUCAUGUUCUCAUGGUACUAGUAAAUCUUCAAAAGCAAGUCACCGCAGUAGAUUACUAAUUGAAUUGGAAAAAAUAGAAGAAAUGAACAGACUGGAAAAAGAAUUAGAACUAAAAGAGAUGGAACGUCAAAAGAAAUUAGAUGAAAUCGAAAUGGAACGUCAAAAGAAGUUAAAUGAAAUGGAACAUCAAAAGAAAUUGGAUGAAAUGGAACGACAAAGAAAAAUGGAUCAGAGGGAACUAGAACGCCAGAAAAGACUGUUGGAGGCGAGGGCUGAACUGAAGUCUGCAUCGGUCAGUAGCAGGCAAGACUCACUUUCAGAGGUAAGAUCUAUUAUAGGCUUAAAUGAUGACUUAGAAGAAGAGUCCCAUAAGAAAGUUGAAAAAUGGCUAGAUGGCAAAGAACAAGAGUCCAAUGUCGUUCAAAUGUCAUCAUCAGCUAUUGUGUCUUCAGCAGUAGAGAAGUUAGCGGAUUCUUUUAGACAAGCCAUUCAUUCAGAUAAGUCAAAUACCAUUCAAUCCUUGCGCAAACACCUUCCUUCAUUUGGUGGGAAACCGGAGGAUUGGCCUAUAUUCUAUUCUGCUUAUGAAAAGACAAAGGCUUCCUUUGAUGAGGAGGUCAACCUCAUCAGAGUAAGAAAUUCACUUGAAGGCGAGGCUUUCAAAAUGGAAAGCCAGUGUUCCAAAGAGAUGGAAGAUGGUUGCAGAAAUCGCUUACUACACACAGACACUACACCUGAAAAACCUUUGUACACCAAAAAAGAACCUGUCUAUUCUUCCUCUCGUGAAAAUAAAGACUCCGACUAUUCUAUUGUCAAAACAAAAGAAAUAACUGGUAAACACACAGAACAAAAUGCAACAAAUAAUGUUCUGCUUAAGUCCAAAGUCGGUUCAUUUGAAGUAAAACAAGCAAUUGAAGUACCAGAACGCACAACAAAAAAGGUCAAAGAUUAUUACGACAUCGGAUUAUUACGGAAAUUAGAUUAUUUCAAGUACACUCCAAGUCGCGACAAUGCCUUGAAGAGUUUAAAACCGACUGAAAAUGAAAAAGGGCAAGAAUCAAAUGCGUUCAAAUCAGACAAUUCUACCGAAGAAUCACCUCUUUUGAUCAUCAACCAAGACGAGUCAAGCGACAGUAAAAGAUCCACAAAAAGUUAUACGAGCAGAAGUAAUGGAAUUCCAGCUAAAUUGCACAGAAAGUCCAGUACUGUGACAAAGUUUGAGGACAAUAGGCCGGCGAAGCAAAAAUCUGAGGUGCUGGAUGAGGUGAGUCGACAUAUCCGACGGUCGUCGAGUGAGAAAGACUGUCCUUUAAAAAGCAUGGUGGUAACGGAAAGUGACUCUUCGCAGAAGAAGGCUAUGGAGAUCAGAAGUGAGAACAUAUCUAAGAGCCUCAGCAUGAGUGUGAUUAAGGACAUGGUAGCCACUGGUGUUGAGAGGUGUAAAGAGAUUGAUUUAGACGACUCGAUGAUUGUAGACAAUGUGACCAAGUUCCCACUGAGGCCCACGGUCCGCAAGUCACUACCCAACCCUCCUCGACUAGCCAGUGUGAUCAGUACACCAGCGUUAGUUCCCCCGCUUGGAGUUACCCAGCCCUCUUCAGACUCAAACUCAAAAGCUUUGGAGGCAAUGAGACAUUCUCAACAACUAGACUGA